AUGGAGGGCAGCCUGUCGGUUGCGAGAAAGGCGAUCUCUCCUGCUGCAGCGACUGCUGCAGCUGCUGCAGACGUUACUUCUCCCAGUGCUGACUCGACUGGCACGCCAGCAACUGCAGCAGCGCCUGCAGCAGCAGCAGCACCCCCAACUGGUGCCGUACCGGCUGCAGCAGCAUCGCCUGCAGCGGCACUGGCAGCAGCUUCCCCGUCCGCUGCAGCGAUUGCAAAGUGUGAUCCGGUGUCAGCAGAUAGCAAGAGUGCAGAGGCUGUGGUGUCUGGUUUCGACCAAGAGUGGGCUGAGCUGCAGAAGCUGCAAGAUUUACAGGAAGACGCAGAGUUCGGCUCUCUGCUGCAGCCCGGAGAAGGCGCUGCAGCAGACAGUGCAGCAGCCGCCGCCGCUGCUGCAACGGAUGCAGACAAGCGGUCUGUGUAUGUCGGCAAUGUCGAUUAUUCAGCGACGCCAGCUGAUUUGCAGGAGCACUUCAAGGGUUGCGGGCAAAUAAAUCGCAUCACGAUCAUGGUUGAUAAGUUUACCGGCCACCCAAAGGGUCAGGCGCCGCAUGCUCACCGAGUUGCGCUGCCUGCUGCCGCUGCAGGAUACGCAUACAUCGAAUUUACCUCCGAGGUUGCUGCUCAACACGCCGUCGUGUCCAAGCGGAAGAAUAUUCCAGGAAUGUCUCGAGGCCGAGGGGGCGGGUGGAGACCUCGAGGGGGGCCCCUUCCUUUCAGAGGGAGGUGGGUGUUUGGGUGGCACGGCCUGAGCAACGGGGGUGGUAGGGGGGAGUGCAGGAGGCAGUGGAGGCGUUCGCCUCGGUGA